AUGGCAAAACGUAAAAUCGAAGAUGAACACAGAAUAUUUCAAGACAGUUGGGAGAUUGAAUUUUUCUGUAUUUCUGGUAAGAAACACGAUGCUUUAUGUUUAAUUUGUCGUAAAACCAUAACUAUUCCAAAACGUUAUAGUAUUAAUCGUCAUUACAAUACUCACCAUACGGAAUUUUCUAAAAAUUAUCCCCACCCAUCUAAAAUAAGAGAAGAAAAACUAGUUGAAUUAAAAAAAGGAAUUUUUUCUGAAAAACAAUCAAUGUUACGGUUCACUAAUAAAAAUGAACUUGCAACAAAAGCAUCGUAUGAAGUAACACAUAUGUUAGCCAAACGCAUGAAACCAUUUUCGGAUGCCGAACUAAUAAAAAAUUGUAUGGAAACAGUAGUAAAUACUUUGUUUUGUAAUUUUUCCAAUUUUAAAGAAAUACGUGACCAAAUUUCAAAUCUGCAGUUAUCUGAUGCUACAUGUGUUCGUAGGAUCGAACAUCUUGGAAAUCAAGUAUUCGAUUCAGUGAUCAACGAAUUAAUAGAUUGCCGAUUUUUUUCUUUAGCAUUAGAUUCAUCAGUAGAUAUAAGCUCUACUUCUCAAUUAAUACUUUUUGUUAGGUUUUGUUCAAAAGAUAAUAUUAUUAAAGAAGACUUUUUGAAAGUCAUACCGAUGAAAAACCAAACUCGUGACGGUUGUCCUUUAAUGAUUGGAACUAAAUCUGGUCUUGUUACUCUUAUUAAGAAUAAAAUUGUAAAACCAAAAUUAAUCAAUUUCCAUUGUAUUAUUCAUCAAGAAAAUUUAUCAUGCAAAUUUCCAAAUGAUUUUAGUGUUGUCAUGAAUAAAGCAAUUAAAAUCGUCAAUUUUAUCAGAGCUAGAGAUUUAAAUCACAAAAAAUUUAAAGAAUUUCUUUCCGAACUAAAUUCCCAAUACAGUGAUAUUAUGUUUCAUACUGAAGUACGAUGGCUAAGCAAAGGUAAAGUCUUAGAACGAUUUUUUUCCCUUUGUGAAGAAAAUAAAUUAUUUAUCCACGAACAAAAAGGUGAAUUUCCUGAAAUAAACUCAUUAGAAUUUUGGUACAAACUUGCAUUUCUUCCAGAUGUAACAAAAAGUUUAAAUAUACUUCAAACAAAUCUACAAGGAGAAAAGAAACUUAUCCCUCACAUGGCCAAAAAUAACAUUUUUUCUGAUGAUACUGAUAUAGAAACUUUAAAACCACAAUUGCUUGAACUAUUGGUCACUUUAAAAAAUGAAAUGAACAGUCGUUUCAAUGAUAUUAAAAACUUAAGAAAUGCAUUUCGAUUUAUUGAAAAUCCGUGGGCAGUAACUACAAAAGAAAUAUUUGAAAUUAAUAUUAUGAAUCAUAACAUUGGUUUAUUGAAAAACGAAUUAAUUGACUUACAGGAGGACAUAACAUUAAAAUAUAUUUUUAAUGAUAAAAAUAAUGCAAUGGAAUUUUGGAAUACACUUGAGGAACAUCAAUAUCCUUCCCUUUUAUCAAAUGUAAAAGCUAUUCUAACAUUUUUUGGGUCGACAUAUUUGUGUGAAGCUGCUUUUAGUAAGUUAACAUUUAUAAAAAACAAAUACAGAAAUCGUUUGAGUGAUGUGCAUUUGGACGAUUUACUGCGGUUGUCAACAUCAAAUACACCCGUAGACAUAAACAAGAUCAUAAAACAAACAGAGAGGUACCGUCCAUCAACAUCAAAACAACAUUAA